GCGGCGGCACGGCCCGGUGCGGAGCGGGUAGCCCGGGAGAGACCGGGCGGCAGGGGCUGUCCCGGGAGAGACCGCUGUGAGCGGAGGGGCUGUCCCGGGAGAGGCUGGUGUCGGGCGGCGGGGCCCGGAAGAGACCAUUGCCUUUGGAAUUACCGGGGUGCUGUUCCUGGAAUAUCAGGCUCUGUAUCGGACUUUAUUUUGGGAUAUAAGAGUGCAAAGAGAGAGGAUCUUCUCCAGCCUGACCUGGGAAACACGGACAUUCCUGCUGUGGACUGAUGCUGAGGAAGAGCUGACGGAUGAGAUAAAAGCUGUUAAUUUACACGGAAAUGGAUUUAUGGUCAAGAGUGGCAGUUUGGCUCCUGUGUGGUUUUCUUCUGCAGCAAGGGCAGGGGGAGAGGCCUCCAGGUUCCCAUCUGGAUGAAAUUGCAAUUGCAGCAGAGUUCUGCCGCAUUGAUAAGCCCUUGUGUCAUGAUGAAGAUGAGCAGCUCAGCUUUGAAGCUGUCCGCAACAUACACAAGCAGAUGGACGAUGAUGCCAAUGGCAAUGUGGAUGUGGAAGAGAGUGAUGAGUUCUUGAGGGAAGACUUGAAUUAUCAUGACCCAACAGUCAAGCACAGCACCUUCCAUGGCGAAGACAAGCUCAUUAGUGUGGAAGAUCUUUGGAAGGCCUGGAAGACAUCUGAAGUGUAUAAUUGGACAGUUGACGAGGUGGUUCAGUGGCUCAUUACCUACGUAGAGCUGCCACAGUACGAAGAGACCUUCAGAAAGUUGCAGCUGAGUGGACAUGCCAUGCCCAGGUUAGCAGUAAACAAUGUUACCAUGAUGGGAGCUGUUCUGAAAAUGACAGAUCGAAGCCACAGACAGAAGCUGCAGCUGAAAGCUCUGGACACUGUGCUCUUUGGACCUCCUCUCUUGACUCGUCAUAACCAUCUCAAAGACUUCAUGCUGGUGGUGUCCAUUGUCAUUGGAGUGGGUGGUUGCUGGUUUGCCUAUAUCCAGAAUCGCUAUUCAAAGGAGCACAUGAAGAAGAUGAUGAAAGACCUUGAGGGGCUUCACAGAGCUGAGCAGUCUCUCCAUGACCUUCAAGAAAGACUGCAGAAGGCUCAAGAGGAACAUCGCUCCGUGGAAGUGGAAAAGGUGCACCUGGAGAAGAAACUUCAAGAUGAGAUCAGCAUUGCCAAGCAGGAGGCACACCGGCUCCGAGAACUGCGUGAGGGCACGGAGAACGAGCUGAGCAGACAGAAAUACGCUGAGCAAGAACUGGAGCAGGUCCGAAUGGCCCUGAAGAAUGCCGAGAAGGAGCUAGAAUCUCACUGUAGCUGGGCUGCACCAGAGGCCUUGCAGAAGUGGCUCCAGCUGACCCACGAAGUGGAAGUUCAGUACUAUAACAUCAAGAAACAGAAUGCAGAAAAGCAGCUUCUGGUGGCCAAGGAAGGGGCUGAAAAAAUUAAAAAGAAGCGAAACACGCUGUUUGGAACAUUUCAUGUUGCUCACAGCUCAUCAUUAGAUGAUGUUGAUCAUAAAAUCUUGACUGCAAAACAAGCUUUGAGCGAAGUGACAGCUGCGCUCCGGGAACGCCUGCAUCGCUGGCAGCAAAUCGAGCUGCUCUGCGGGUUCCAGAUCGUCAACAACCCCGGCAUCCACACGCUGGCAUCCGCCCUUAAUAUUGAUCCGAGCUGGAUGGGCACCCCUCGGCCUAACCCUUCACACUUCAUCAUGACUGAUGAUGUGGAUGAUUUGGAUGAAGAGAUCGUGUCUCCCAUGUCCAUACAGUAUGCAGCCUGGCUUUUUGGGCGCAGGUUCAGUGAUCGCUCGUCUCUGUCCUCGGAGGAUCAGUCCCUCUGGAAAUACCCUGCUCCUGCCUUGCCCAGCACUGUUCGCCAGCGCCUAGUGGACCCACAGCAUGCCCAUGGAUCUCAGAGGUUGGUAGAGAGUUACGCGCAAGGCCAGAAUGAAUUGGGCCAGCCUGCCCAUUUCCUGGCAGGCAGAGUCUCUCUCCGUCGAAUGCACAGCCUCACUUCUGGACAGUCUUUCAGUUCUGACCUUCAUGGAACCAGCCCAUCAUCUGCCACCACUACCACCUCUUCUACUUCUUGCACCUCAUCCACCGCCACUGCAUCUGCUUCUGCUUUUCAUAUCCACCCUCUCUGUUACCAUCACACCACCUCCUCUUAUUUCCUUCAGAUGGACUCCACCCCUGAUCUGCCCCCUCCUGAUGUCACCUCUGGAAUUCGCUGUCGCACUGAGAGCUUUGGAGACUUAACUCGCUGCGACUCAGAUUCUUCCAUCCCGCACAUGAGCGACCACCAGCGUAUCCCCAGCUCCGCUCCCAAGCUGCUGGCUGCCAGGCCCAACCUGCUGACCAGGUCCAUCGAGGAGGCUGCCUCCGGCCACCCUGCCAUCUGCGCAGCAACCUCCAACGGCGGCAGCAGGCACAUGGAAGCCUCCUCCCUGGGGGCUUUGCCGGAGCGGCUGUCCGAGAGCCCCAUGGUGAUGAAGAAGAUGAUGAUGGUGAACCACGGCAUGGAGAAGUCCUCCAGCCUCGGGGAGAUCAGCCACCCGACAGUCGGCAAGCACAGCCACUCGGAUUCCUCCCGCUCGCACAGCCCCAGCUCUACCGACCCCGACACCCCCUCCCCCAUCUCUGACUCCCGGCCCAACAGCGUCAAGAACACGCGCAUCCCGCAGCUGGCUGCCAAGAAGAACCCGGGGGACGAGGACAGCAACUUGACAGGUGAUGAGGUUGACCUCGGCCAGAGCAAGAAAAAGUUCCCCCUAAAGAUCUUCAAGAAGCCCAAGAAAUAGAAAGAUGAGGGAGGAAGAGGAAACCCAACCAUGAACCCAACCCACUGGGAAUGGGGAGGGGCGGCUUAGAGCAAAGGGAAAGCACUGUACCCACUCUUCCCAGACCCUGCAGGCUCGGGUGCUUGCAAACACCCACUUCCCUCCCCUAGGAACCCUCUGUCUCCGAGUCACAUCAUGCAACACCUGCAGCGGGAGGAGCUAUUUAAACUUAUUUAUUUCCUGAUUUCCGAGAAAAAGAAAACAACCGCUCCCUCCCAAAGAAAACAACCACCUUUUCUCCCCCUUCCUAUUUCAGUAGUCCCUAGCUUUGCUGUGCAUGGCUUCCAGUUACUCCUGCCUCUGCUCAGCCACACGGCAUUUGGGUUUGGUUUCAAUGUGGUUUUAUUUUUUUUUUUUAUUAUUAUUUUGUUUCUUCUGCCUCUUCCAACUUUUGCACAUGCUGUAUGGGAAGUCAGGGUGGUGGGAACUUGCUGUGACACGCACCAGUUGCACCUUCUACCGGUCGUCCGCUGCCCUGUUGCUCUGGAGCAAGCGGAACCGGGCAGUCUGCUCCGCAGCAGCAGCCCAGGGAGGAGGGAGGAUGCUCCUCGCUCUGCUCUCAGAGGUGAUUGAGGUGUGAGCAUUUGGGCAAGUAGCCUUAUUCACGUCACAGCAGUUCUCAUUUUUAUGAGUCACUUUUCUACACCUUGGCCUCAAAACUAUGAUAGUUGGGAGGGAGAAAACCUUGUUUGCAUGCUCUUGAUAAGCAAGAGCAAGUAAAAUACCCUCUUGAGGUGGGGCUCUGCCCUUGCUGGUACUUGUGCGUCCAGGAGCUCUGGCCCGAGUACGCUGUUCUGGUUUUCCCACUUGCACAGGGGAGAGCUGCAGCCUGCUGGGUUUUCUCAAGCAGGGCCUCCCUGGACAGUGUUACCCGGCUGCUCUGCCCGGCUGGGCACCGCUCUGCCCCGGGUCCUCCUCCGGCCGGGAGCGUGAGCAGCACAAAAGGUAACUGCAAAACGCAGGAGGCAGGUAGAUGCUCCGCGGCCGAGGACCCGGCCUGGCAGCCCCCGGCCGCCCCCGGGAACCUCCGUGGAGCGGCCGGGGCGCGAGCGGGCUCGGAGCUGGACCCCGACGUUCCCGGGGGCUGAGCUCGGAGUGGCGGGGAGGGCUGCAGGGCGCAGACCGGCUCCCAGAGCCGCUUCUGCCGUCCCUCCGCGUGCCCCCACCUGCCGGGCGGGGAGGAGGGGGCCACGGCCGAGCCGAGGGGGCUUCCCGGCAGGGCUCUGCUCGGCCGGGAACCCGCAGGCUCAGGAGCGCGUCCGAGCGCGUCCUGCCCGCGGCGGAGCGCCUUCAGCCGGCCGCCUGGCCGCGCUCGGCGCUUCGGGAGGGCUCUCGCGGCCCCGGGGAGGAUUUCUCUGCCCCGAGGCUGGCGGAGCACCGCGCUGCGCCGGCCCCGGGGCCGCCAGGCCGCUGCCCGGCACCCUGCCUCGCGCUCCUGGGCCGCGCCGGCCGGCGCUCUCCCGCCGGGCCCCGCUCCCGCCGGGCCCACCCCGCUCGGGCUCGGCGCUUUCCUCCCCGUUUUCGGAGGCGGGCGGGGGGUUCCCUGCUGGCUGCGGCCGGGCGCCCGCGCGGGAGGGCGCAGGGCGGGCGCCGAGAGCCCGUGCAUGGGGCCUCGUCCGACGCCGGAGCAGCGCGCGCUACGUUGCCCGUGCAGGAGGGGCUGGCGGGGGACGCGGCGGUGGUUACAGGGGUAGGUGGGCAACCACGCUGCUGCUUGGAGAUGAGCGAAAUUUCCUCUAAACGACUAAGUGCCUGCAUUUCCCCGGGGCGCGGGGAGGGCGACGGGGCGGCGGCCGCUGCCGGUGCUGCUUGGGGCCGGCGUGCGGCGGCGGGGGCUGCCCCCCGCUUCGGGCGCCGUGGGGCCGGGGGAGCCGGCUGCGCUGCUCGGGGCAGCAGCGAGCUGCCGCGGCGCCAGGAGAAGGGCUGGGAGGUCCCUGCAACGGCAACGGUUGACACAUCUGCCAAUUCUCGUUUUUUUUUUUUUUUUUGGUCAUUUCAUAAAACUUUUAAAAUCCAAUAAAGCAUGUAGUAUAUUUUAA